AGGAAGAUGUUCAUUGUAAUAAAUAAAUAAAUAAAUAAAUGCAUACGGCCUUAUUAGUAGCAUUUUAUUCCACAGAUAUCUUAUUCCAUUAUCUUAUUCUUAUUCCACAUAUAUCUAUAUCUAUUAAAAACCAGCCAGAGCUAAAGUAUUCAGAAACUAUAUCUAUUUAUUUAUCUUCUAAUUACAGUGUGAUUGUGAAUCAGAAGCAGCAAUAUUAGUUCACCUGAAAAAGAAUGGCCAAAAAAUACAAAGGACCUGCUAUUGGAAUUGACCUUGGCACAACCUAUUCAUGUGUAGCAGUUUGGCAGGGCCAAAACAAUCGUGCAGAGAUCAUUCACAAUGAUCAAGGUAACCGAAUAACACCUUCUUUUGUUGCUUUCACUACUGAUCUAAGGUUGAUUGGUGAUGCUGCUAAAAAUCAAGCCGCUCGAAACCCGGACAACACUAUUUUUGAUGCAAAGAGGUUGAUUGGAAGGAAAUAUAGUGAUUCUGUUAUUCAGGAUGAUAUACAGUUGUGGCCAUUUAAGGUUGUUGCUGGUACCGAUGACAACCCUCAGAUUAUUGUUCAGUAUAAGGGUGAGGAAAAACGCCUUUGUGCUGAGGAAAUCUCUUCUAUUGUCCUCACAAAGAUGCGUGAAAUUGCAGAGAAGUUUUUGGAGUCAUCAAUCAAGAAUGCAGUUAUUACCGUGCCUGCUUAUUUCAACGAUUCUCAACGAAAAGCUACAAAAGAUGCCGGUGCUAUUGCUGGACUUAAUGUAAUGCGGAUAAUCAAUGAGCCUACUGCUGCUGCACUUGCAUAUGGCCUUCAGAAGAGAGAAAGUAAUGUUGAAAAACGAAAUGUCUUCAUCUUUGAUCUUGGUGGUGGCACUUUUGAUGUGUCUCUUCUUACACUUAAGGGCGAUAGCUUUGAAGUAAAGGCCACAUCAGGAGAUACACAUCUUGGUGGAGAGGACUUUGAUAACAGAAUGGUGAACUAUUUAGUUAAGGAAUUUAAGAGGAAGCAUACAGAGGACAUCAGUGGGAAUGCGAAGGCCCUUAGGAGGUUGAGAACUGCUUCUGAGAAGGCUAAAAGGACAUUGUCAUUUGAUAUUGAGGCUAUGAUUGACAUAGACGCUCUAUACCAGGGAAUUGACUUCGCUUUGUCAGUCAGUCGAGCCAAGUUUGAGCAACUGAACAUGGAUCUCUUUGAAAAAUGUUUGGAGAUUGUUAAGAGUUGUUUUAGUGAUGCAAAGAUGGACAAAAGUAGUAUAGAUGAUGUUGUACUUGUUGGUGGAUCUUCUAGGAUUCCCAAAGUGCAGCAGCUAUUGCAUGAAUUUUUUGAAGGGAAGGAACUGUGCAGUAGCAUCAAUCCGGAUGAAGCUGUUGCUUAUGGAGCAGCUGUUCAGGCUGCUUUGCUAAGUGAAGACGUUAAGAAUGUUCCAAACUUGGUGCUACAAGAUGUUACACCUUUGUCACUUGGUGUCUUAACGUAUGAAGAUACUAUGAGUGUGAUGAUUCCUAGAAAUACCUCCAUUCCUGUUAAGAAGACAAAAAACUAUUUAACAGUUAAAGAUUACCAAUCUGUUGUCGGAAUUAAGGUUUAUGAGGGUGAGAGUGUGAUUGCGAGUGAGAACAACCUGCUUGGUUUGUUUAAGUUGUAUGUUCCUCGUGCACCUCGUGAUCUUCCUUUCCAGGUAUGCUUUACUAUAGAUGCCGAUGGUAUAUUAAACGUCUCUGCUGAGGAAGAAAGCAGUGGUAAUAAGGAAGAUAUUACAAUAACGAAUGAAAAUGGAAGAUUGUCAUGCGAAGAAAUUGAAAGAAUGAUAAAGGAAGCUGAGCACUUCAAGUCUGAAGACAUGAAGCAUAUGGAGAAGGUUAGAUCAAUGAAUGCUUUGGAUAAGAGAAAAUAAUUGAUUGAUGGAAAAGAGAAUAAUGAUACAUUUGUGUUUGUGGACAGUUUGAGGGAGAUUAAGAGCACAUUUCAAUCUGCAAUGAACAAGUUCAAGAUUGGUUAAUAAAGUGAUUCUGAUUCUUAUCGAUCAAUUUAGUUAUUUCAACUUCCUCGUGUAUAAUGUUGGAGCUGUUUGUUUUGUUUCUUGGAUUAUGUAUUUUGGUAGAAUAUGAAAUUUUAGGCUUUGAUUCUUUUAA